UCCACUCCAACUUGAACGGAGUGAACCUGCGACGCAAGCCGCCGCCGCUGCUGCUGAGCCCCCGGCAGCGACCAAGCCAUUUGUCUGUCUGGGAGUUUAGCGAGCUAAGCUAACUAGCUGACUAAGUCGUUAUCACAGGAACAACGAACUGUGCCGUUUGCAAUUCUGGGCGCCAGAAUUAAACCACAGUACUGUAACUAGUUGUUUUAGUUUCAAUAUAAAAUGUCUAUAUUACCGUUCACUCCUCCAAUCGUGAAGAGGCUCCUUGGCUGGAAGAAAGGAGAGCAGAACGGGCAAGAGGAGAAAUGGUGCGAAAAGGCUGUGAAAAGUCUUGUGAAGAAGUUGAAAAAGACUGGACAGUUGGACGAGUUGGAAAAAGCCAUCACAACACAGAAUGUCAACACGAAAUGCAUAACCAUACCCAGGUCUUUAGAUGGGCGUCUCCAGGUCUCCCACAGAAAAGGUCUUCCUCACGUGAUCUACUGUCGCUUGUGGCGCUGGCCAGACCUGCAGUCCCACCAUGAGUUGAGAGCGGUCGACCACUGUGAAUUUGCUUUCCAUACCAAGAAGGAUGAAGUCUGCGUCAACCCCUACCACUACCAGAGGGUGGAGACGCCAAUUUUGCCUCCUGUCCUAGUACCACGACAUACAGAUAUCCCUGCAGUGUUCCCACCACUGGAUGACUACAGUCCAUCCAUUCCUGAGAACACCAACUUCCCUGCUGGCAUUGAGCCCCAGAGUAACUAUAUUCCUGAAACUCCCCCACCAGGGUAUCUGAGUGAGGAUGGUGAGACAAAUGAUCACCAGCUUAACCACAGCAUGGACACAGGUUCACCCAGCCUGUCGCCCAAUCCUGUGUCACCCGCAAACAGUAAUCUUGACUUACAGCCUGUGACGUACUGUGAAUCUGCCUUCUGGUGCUCCAUCUCCUACUAUGAGCUGAACCAACGCGUAGGAGAGACCUUCCACGCCUCCCAGCCCUCCCUCACAGUAGAUGGAUUCACAGACCCUUCCAAUUCUGAGCGUUUCUGUCUGGGCUUGCUGUCCAACGUCAACCGCAAUUCAGCAGUAGAGCUCACACGCAGACACAUAGGACGGGGCGUGAGGUUGUACUACAUUGGGGGAGAGGUGUUUGCAGAGUGUCUCAGUGACAGUGCCAUCUUUGUCCAGAGUCCCAACUGCAACCAGCGUUACGGCUGGCAUCCUGCCACUGUCUGCAAAAUCCCUCCAGGUUGCAACCUGAAGAUCUUCAACAAUCAGGAGUUUGCUGCUCUACUUGCCCAGUCAGUCAAUCAGGGCUUUGAGGCUGUCUACCAGCUCACAAGGAUGUGUACAAUUCGCAUGAGCUUUGUCAAGGGUUGGGGAGCUGAGUACAGACGUCAGACAGUGACCAGCACCCCCUGUUGGAUAGAGCUGCAUCUCAAUGGCCCUUUGCAGUGGCUGGACAAGGUCCUCACACAGAUGGGCUCUCCCAGCAUCCACUGCUCCAGUGUGUCAUAGGAGCAGCCCUCCGUCCCAUCCACACACUUGAACACAAACCACAUAGGAAAACUCAAGCUUCUGUCAGUUAUAAGGAAAGAGACGCCAUUCAUCAAAUCGUCAGUUCACUCUCCUCCCUCGCUGUCUCUUAACAUUUCACCUCAUAUGCAUAGCACUUUCCAUAGUACCAUUUAGUGUCCCCAUGUGAUGGUUAUUUUAGGACUUGUACAUUGAUUUGUUUUCAUGUGUUCAACAGGAAACCACAGGGUAUUUGCAGUAGGUUUCAAAAGAAUAAUCACCUUUUUCUUCAUUAUUCAUUAAGACAUCAUGUCUGUUUUUUUAAGUUAUUUUUUGGGCAUUUUUGCCUUUAUUGUGAUAGCGGUAGUGAGAGGGAGACACGAGGGUCGACGAGAGAAUGGGGGGAUGACAUGCAACAUAGGACCCAGGCCGGACUUGAACCCUGGGCUGCUGGGGUGAGGACUGGGGGCGCCCCAGACAUUAUAUCUUUGUGUUCUUUCUUUUUUGAUGUUUGUUGUCCAAGUUGAAGUUAUGGCACAGUUUCACCUUGGUCACCAUCUACAUGUUUCAAAACAUUUUUGAUUCUAUGAAUUAGCUAAAAUUAUGAAUACGCUAACAUCACUGGUGUGUCAGUGUCCCAGACCCACUCUUUGUAAUCACUGAAUUGGGAGGCUUAUUUAUCAAUUGAACCAUGAAUUAACAUGAAAAAUGUCAUUAUGAGUAGUGAUUAAAUAGAAUAUAUUUAAUUAAUAUUUUAAGUACAAGGUACUUUGCCCAUAUUGAUUUAUCUAUAUUAAUGAAAGCAUCAAUUAUCUGAUUGAUCAUUUAAUUGGUAUUUUAUCUAUUUUAAACAAAAUAUAGACAUUAGCACCAUUGUUUCUUGAGAAGAACCCUUGUAUGAAAACUAUUUUGCUCAGUGAAAGAGACAUUUUAUAAGUUAUUUUUGCAUACUGUCCUGCAUGGGAAUAUAUUUUUAUUAUUGCCUCAAUAUGAUUGUACAUAAAUAUUUAUAGCUUGUGAUUUCUUGUAGUCAUGCAUUGCUUGAAACAGUGGACCUGACUGACCUCUGGCAUGAGUAGAUUCACAGAAAGACUUUGCUUUAAUGACCCAAAACUUGGCCUGUGUAAUGCAGGCUUUUCUAACCUGGGUCAGCUGGUUGUUAAGUGUAACACAUAGGAUUACUGCACCAGCUAUUACCGUUAUUCCAAGUCAUAUGACAUACAGUAUGGGUGAUCAUAGUGGACUGAUUGAAUUUAUGCACCGUGUGAAUUCAGUGUGAAGGGUACUCAGUAGCAGUGACUGUGGUUCAUCCAUCGAUGACGAUGUAGAGUGAAAACAUAAAUACAGGUCUUUUCACAUAUUACCAACUGUUAGCCAGUAGUACACUAUGCUCCUUGUGGGUAAAUGAUGCACUUCAUGUUUAAUGUGUUGAUCAGUGUAACGCUUUAGUUCUAGUGGUAAUUUGCUUGUCCAAAAAAUACUGUAUAUUACAUGUACAUUGCUACAAUAUAAGGCAUGUGUAAUAUGCUCGCUGUCCUCGGUCAUUGUCUAUGAAGCCACAAUGUUAAUCCUGCACUUACGUAUAGUACAUAAGACUGAGUUACCAUGUUAUCUAUUUAAAACGUUACAUGGUGCUAAACUGAAAUACUGUCUACUACAGUGCAUUAGGUAGUUGGUAGAUCUGUAUCAGUACUUGUGUUCCUUGAUAUUCUUAGUUGGUGGAUUUCUAUUCUAAGUCUUAUGUACAUGUUUAUUUCAUGUAGCCCAAUAUUUGUUCUCAAAUGACCAUUGUUUUGUUAUCUGUGAAAAUUUAAUAAAUUGCAACU